AUGGACCGUUUGAUAUCUUCCCGGCCAGUCUCAUACGUGCGCAGAGCCAGCAGAGCCGCCUCGUACCCGCUGCGCGGCAUCUGGUACUUUAGUCGAACAAGGGAGUUCUGGCCGCUAUUUCUCGCACGCCUGCUACCGCUUUCGCUCAUUUCGCUUGUCGUUUACUUCAUAUUGUUUGCCUUCACUUUUCUACCGCAAUUUGCUUUUUUAGCAAUCUUCCAUGGAUGGGGUGCAUGGGUGAAUGCGGUCGUGCUGGUGUUGGGUGAAGGAUUGAUCAUUAUUCAAGGCCUUUUUGAGGGCUUCUUUGUUGAUGAGUGCCGCGUCGAUGUCUUCGAUGCUACUUUGAUUCAAAAUUCGCUAGAAGACCUGGUUGCUCCUCAACGCGUCCUAUACCCAGAUGCGCCGAAUGCCGUCAGAAUGCUUGGCAAGCCCACAAGCCCCGCCAUAUACACGCCAUGGAGCAUCAUCCAGAUCUUGGAGCUCAUCGUGUUUCUGCCUCUAAAUCUUAUUCCUUACGUUGGAACACCGAUGUUCAUUAUGAUCACUGGCACACGGCUCGGAAAGCUGGCGCACUACCGUUGGUUCCAGCUUCGCGGACUGUCCAAGGCGGAGCAAAAGAAGGAGCUGAAGUGCCUCGGCUGGGAAAACGUAUGGUUUGGAUCCGUGGCAAUGAUUCUGGAGCUUAUUCCCAUUCUUUCCUUCUUCUUCCUUUUGACCUCCUCUACCGGGGCCGCGCUGUGGACCGCAAGGAUGGAACAUGAGGCGAGACAACGCGAUCUGGAAGCGUCUGCAGACCCAACUGCGCCUCCUCCGUACACAGAUUUGGCUUUAACACCCCAAGCUCACGUAUCACCCCUUAUCUCACCCUCUUUGGUCUCAUCAACACCAAUUUGGUUAUCGUCAAUGAUUUCUCUAGCCAUCAAGGGCCCGUUCCUGGGCUGCUGGCUAGUUGCCAGUCUGGCGUUGGGUUCACCUGAAUAUUCGGAAAAUUACUCCAGUUCUCUCGUCGGCAGCCAGCCUGGCACACUUUCCAGCUCCAUGGCGGGUGCCUGCAGGAUCGAGUCUACCAAGACCAUAUUCGUCACUCUAGGCUCGGCUAGCAAGCUAUCAACGGAGUCAGCUCCCGCUAGAGCAAGCGUUGGAACCACCACCAUCAUUGUGUCUCCGGUACAAUCACAGGUCAAGACUGAUCUAAGUGUCGGUGCCGCAACAACUGAUUCCGUGCCGGCCUAUGAGCCUACCAUGGGUUUCUCAAGCCACUCCGAAGCUGGUCAUCCUACAUCUGAAAUCUCAUCGCUGGAGUACUCCACGAUUUCCCGCACAGUCUUGUCCACCCGCACUGUUACCCUUACCGUUGCACCUGCGGGGAAGGGCUCUACUUCAAGUGCAAGGAGUGUUGCCUCAGACGUCAAAGGUACUGGAGUCAGCUCAUCUGUGACCGAGUCCCCUUUGAACGUUGCCACGCGUAUCACGCACACUGUUGGUGGUCAGGAUGGCCGUUCUACCGUGGUUGAAUCCAUUAUCAUCACGGAGCCGGCUGGUGCUUCUACAUCGGCGAUUCCGGGGACUGCAAUCCAGGAUAAUUCAGCUUCAGUCACUGCGCCCGGUAUCCCGGUUCCAUCCUAUGCUAGCAUUACUUCUUCAGGGCUGCCUGUCCAUACAAGUUUCACUGCUAUAGGUCCUGAUGGCUCUUCGACUAUCAUUGACACAACAUGGAUAAUUCCUGUUCCCCCUACUUCGCUCAUGUCUGGCCUCAAUCCUCUUCCCUCGGAAGUCUUUUCUUCAGGGCGAAUUGUCUCUGGCCUUCCCGCAAAAGCUGCCUCCGAAGCUACUUCUGGGAGCCCUAUUACCUCAGUCAUGGGCAUUCCGACCUGCACCACCGUCACAGUUGUAGGGCCAGACAUGCGUCCAACUGUUACGGAGCUGACAAUCAUCGCUCCAACUGGUGCACCAACUGCAACAACUUUCACUCUGGCGCCUCCUUCUUUCGUGGCUCCAGCUUCCAUGACAAAUCUUGCCAGUCAGCCACCUAUCACAAGCAACAGCAUUGUGACUACUAUAACGUGGAAAGUUAUUGGUGCAGAUGGCACUGUUUCGCCAAUCAUUCAGACCAUCACUGCCCCUUCGGGUUCAAUUAUCUCGAAUAUUCCUGCCUCGCUUCCUGCAGCAGUUACAUCCAGUUUUCCACAGCCUGCUGUAACCGUAUCUUCCGGUAACGUGCCGCUUCUGACGCCUUAUGGCACUGUCAGUGCAACUGGAGAAAGCCCAUCAAGCUUUUCUUCUGUUGUUUCGGGAAUAGGUUCAAUGCCUACUUUUGUCCCUCCUCCUCCCGGGUUCGAAGUCUCUCAUGCCAUCACAGAAGAGCCUCCGGCAUACACUCUUGCCACUGCUUUACCCAAUUUCUCUUAUAGAACUACUACAAUCGGUUCUCAGGACACCGUUCGUUCUUCUCCCAUGCAGUAUGGGACGAGCUCUCCGGACAGCGAUUGGAUUUUCUCGAUUAUUUAUGGUUCUUUCCCAGCACCCACACCUCCCUUCACUCCAAUGCCGGAAACUCCUGAGUCUGCUCCCGUGCCAACACCUGCUCCUGUGCCAACACCUGCUCCUGUGCCAACACCUGCUCCUGUGCCAACACCUGUUCCUGGGACAUCUGAGCCUGCUUUUGUACCAACACCUGCGCCUGUAGCUCCCGGAACCACACCUGAGCCGUUGCCUGCUCCUGCCACUCCAGAGUCUGUGACAACACUUGUCACUAGCACAUGGACCAAUACUAUCACUGAGCAGACCACAACAUAUGUCAUCAAGUUCCCGUUGACUACAAUGGCUACUGUUACGGUUCCGCGUGUGUCAGCAUUUCGUAAACGUCUCCCGAGAAGACAAGGCUCCGUUGGCACGUCAUUACUUUUCUCAAACUCGAGCACCACCACUCCAUCCCCUCUUACCGAAAACACCUCGUUGAUUUCAAGUCUUUCAUCACAAUUGGUGACGCCAAUUACAAUCGCAGUUCCGACAAGUACAAUCUCGGCAAGUACAACUCCAUCAAGCUCCAUACACACUUCGGCAAUUCAGCCUCAGGACCCAUCUCCCACUAUAUGCGCUUCCGGGGGAAGUAGAGUGGGCAACUCAACCGUGAAUUUCGAUAACGUGCUCCCUGGUCCUCUCCUGAAUCCUUCUGGAGAUCUGUGGUUCUCGGAGGGCUUUCUUGUGGCACCUCCCUCUUCACCGCCAUCAGAUGCAUACCUUGCGUCAUCCGGAAAUCAGCUCCUGCAGUUCAUGCCCCUAGCUUUAGUUCCAGAUGCCCCUUUUGAUGGGGCUGGAGAUACAGCAGAAAUCGGCGUCGGACCAAACGAAAUAUCUCCCUGCUUCCGCUUCAACUUCUAUGGAGCCAGCCUUGGCUGUGCAGCUGAGGGAGUAGAGCAAUGGUGCGAGUUCGAGUUCUCAGCAUACACGUACAAUGAGACUUCGGGCUCUGAGACUUCACUUAACUGGUCAGAGACAAAACGCGUUCCAGCUUGUUCAAAUUUCCCUCAAGGUCCUUGCUCCCUCAUCCCAGUUCAGCUUGAUGGCUACAACGAUCUCACCUCCAUCUUAAUCACAGUCCGUGUUGGGCUGGAACUGAGAGCUUGGUGGGGAGACGAUUUCCACGUUGGCUGGACGGACAACACCUGUGAAGCUGCCUCCUGUCGUUCCAGUGCCAUUUCUCGCCGUGCUAAACGAGAGGCUUUCAGUCGGGCAUCGCGCAGAGGUGUCUGGCAGUGGACUCCAAAUGGCGCCAAGAAGCUCGAUGACGACUACGUUUGGUCCUCUUUUAAAUAG